CAAAAACAUCGUAUUCUUCUCUGAAUGAUAUCUGACCCUCCAGACUGGUGCUUCUCUCCCUGCGAUAUCACAGCUGGAAUUCCUGCAUACAGGUGAUGUCAUAGAUGGGAACAUUAAGAUUGUCAUAAUGUGUAUUUUUUACAUCUUCAUAGAUGGUAACAUUGUAGAGUGACGUGUAUUGUUUAUGACAUCACCGAGGGUAACAUUCUAGAAUGUUUGUGUUGUUUAUGACAUCAUUGGCUUAGUCUAUAACUACCCAGGUAAUUGAAAAACUGCUCACCAGACAAGCGAGAGGAGUCUAGGAGUUGGUCUGAAUUUUUUCUGCGGUUCUUCUUUCGAGAAAGAAACAAGAAAACGAACUAUCGGGUGACACCAUGAUUCGGGUGUCACGCAUCACGUUUGUGAUGGGCUUGGUGCUUCUAGCACAAGCCACUAUCUCACUUGGUGAGGAAGGGAUCACUGUGGCCUGCGCUGCUUACAAUCCCUGUAAAAUAGCUGUUGCCUCCCAUAAUCCCAUCACCCUAACCUGUGUGAACAGGCCCACGGACGCUUCCAUUUAUUGGCAGUAUCGGGAUUUGUCCAAUCCCAGCGCUAAACCCGUUACCCUCGUCCAAAGUCAAGGUUCCAUCUCCACCAUCCCGACAAAGCUUCUGGAGCUGAUGCAACGCCCGACGCUGAUAUCCGGCGAUCUGAAGAUUCUCUCCCCGGAGGUGAAGAACACCGGAGUCUACACCUGCAGAGCUCGAGGGGCGCUUCUAGCUCAUUACACGCUAGAUGUCCAGAAUGCAGAAGACAUUUACAUUUCUCAUGCAAGUCUGGGGCAGAUGGUGCAACCUAAUACCACUUUUGACCUUGGAGAUAAGGGUUCGGGGGAAAUGUUCACGGUUUGGGAGGAAUGGCAGCCCUGUGACAGGUGCGGGGUUCAAGGAGAGAGGAAGAAGCUUGGGUUUUGCUACGCCAGGAUCAACAGCAGCUUGGAUCUGGAAGAGAAGGUUGGGCCGUGCGGCCUCCUGAGAGCCGUCUUCAAAGAUCUUCCGUCCACUCACAAACCUGAACUCAGGAUAGAGAUGUGUGAAGACAGCUGCAAGGAACCAACAUCUUCCAAAAAUGAGGUUGAGCUUCUUCUUGUAGACAACUACUACACCAACCUCCACGGCGACGCAUUACUUAAAUGCCCCACGGCCUCCAUUUACAGACCUGUUUACUGGGAACGUGGAAAUGUGAUGAUAUCACGUCUACAACAGCUCCGUGGCAGCGGCCCGUAUAUGUUGGAUAACACCACCGGCGGGGGAUCCUUGUUUAUUCCAAUUCUCAACCAAUCAGAUACCGGAAUUUACAAAUGUUUCGUGGACCACCGCCUCGCCGGGAGGUUUAACGUGAUCUUCAACGAGAUGCACUACAACCCAGAGGCCUUGUUUGACGACCCUAUGGACAAAAUGAUGAUUGGGGUCGUCUUAGGCUUAGUCUUCCUGGCUGUUCUAAGCAUCGCCAUAGCUUGCAGGAAAACUUGUAAAGGUACCAUUCACUAAGUUACCGGAGUGAAUGUGUUCAGCCUCAUGUCUAUCUGUCAUCACCUUUACGAUUGUUACCAACUGGAAAUAAAAGACAUGAUUUUGGAGGCGAA